AUUCAAGAUGAAUAGCGAUCAAGUUACCCUGGUGGGUCAAGUGUUUGAGUCAUAUGUCUCAGAAUUCCAUAAGCAUGAUAUUCUUCUCAUCUUGAAGGAGAGAGACGAAGAUGCGCAUUACCCAGUUGUGGUUAAUGCCAUGACCCUUUUCGAGACCAACAUGGAGGUUGGGGCACUUUUCACUGUGCUCCCCGACCAGGCACUUGCUGUUUUUGACAGUGCACUGCGGAGGGCAGCCUGGGCCAUACUCCAGGCCCUUUCCCAGCCUGCGGGCGUCUCCAUGAAGCAGAAUCUUCAUGCCAGGAUGUCAGGUUUGCCUGUCUGUCCUGAGCUGGUGAGGGAGCACAUACCUAAAACCAAGGAUGUGGGACACUUUUUAUCUGUCACUGGGACCGUGAUUCGGACAAGCCUGGUGAAGGUCCUGGAGUUUGAGCGGGAUUACAUGUGUAACAAGUGCAAGCAUGUGUUUGUGGUCAAGGCCGACUUUGAGCAAUAUUACACCUUCUGCCAGCCAUCUUCAUGUCCCAGCUUGGAGAGCUGUGAUUCCUCUAAAUUUACUUGCCUCUCAGGCUUGUCUUCAUCUCCAGCCAGGUGUAGAGAUUACCAGGAAAUCAAAAUUCAGGAGCAGGUGCAGAGGCUAUCUGUUGGAAGCAUUCCACGAUCUAUGAGGGUCAUCCUGGAAGACGACUUAGUAGACAGUUGCAAAUCUGGUGAUGAUCUCACUGUUUAUGGGGUGGUGAUGCAGCGGUGGAAGCCCCUGCGGCAAGAUGUGCGCUGUGAAGUGGAGAUAGUCCUGAAAGCCAAUUACGUGCAAGUAAAUAACGAGCAAUCCUCUGGGAACGUCAUCAUGGAUGAGGAAGUCCGAAAGGAAUUUGAAGAUUUUUGGGAAUGCUAUAAGAGCGAUCCCUUUGCAGGAAGGAAUGAAAUACUGGCUAGCUUGUGCCCUCAGGUGUUUGGGAUGUAUCUAGUAAAGCUUGCUGUGGCCAUGGUGCUGGCUGGUGGCAUUCAAAGGACUGACACUGCAGGAACACGAGUCAGAGGUGAAUCUCAUCUUUUAUUGGUGGGGGAUCCCGGCACAGGAAAAUCUCAAUUCCUCAAAUAUGCAGCCAAGAUUACACCAAGAUCUGUGCUGACCACAGGAAUUGGAUCUACUAGUGCAGGUAUUUCAUUUGACAAUUAGAGUAAUUUAAUAUUGCUACAGAAGCUAACACAGUG